AUGCCUUUCGAAGGGAAGAAGACGCACGGAGGUGAACAACAUGUCCCCAAACUUACUGUCGAUAACUUUUAUCAUCGAAACAUUGCAUCUAUCAUCAAGGGAGCACUUGAAGACCAUGUCUUUACGACUUACAACACCACUCCCUUUCAACAGCGCUGGAAAACCUCGGAUGGCAGAGAUAUCCGUGUCUACUCUGAAAUAUAUAGCUCGGAUUCUGUCUUGGGCAUGUAUCGUGAAGUCAACACUGCUCCUCGCCCUCCUGGAGAUGAUUAUGAGCGGAUCAUUGUCCCGCUCAUGCUCUUUUCAGAUGCAACACUUCUCUCAAAUUUUGGGCAAGCGUCUCUUUGGCCAAUUUAUCUGUUUGUGGGAAACCAGUCGAAAUAUACUCGUGGAAAGCCAACAGCUAAAGCGUGCCAUCAUCUCGCCUAUAUUCCAAGUCUGCCAGACGGUUGGCAGAGCAAUUAUGCGGAGAUAUAUGGGAAAGCACCUACGAGAGAGGUUCACACACAUCUUAAACGCGAACUAGUGCAUGGUGUGUGGAGAUUGCUUCUGCAAGAUGAGGAGUUCUGUCGCGCGUAUACUGAAGGCAUCAUUGCAAAAUGUGGUGAUGACAUUAUCCGGCGGGCGCUCCUCCGAAUUGUAACUUAUACUGGCGACUACCCUGAGAAAAUUAUCCUAUCUACGCUGAAGUACUUUGCAAAAUACCCAUGCCCACGUUGCCUCGUACCAAAACACCUCCUCUCCAAGAUGGGAACAAUGGCAGACAUGCAACGACGUCUCAAAAUCAGACUUGACAGCAAAAAGCGUCAGGCUUGUGUGCGAACAGCUAGAGGGAAAAUAUUCAAGAAAGGACGUCCUGUCAACUCGAAGCAGGUCAAUGACACGCUGGGUGAGCACUCAUAUGUGCCAACUAUGAACGCUUUUUCCGAGUUUCUUCUUGAUAAAGAAGUCAACUUUUUCGAACUCUUUGUCCCAGACUUCCUGCACGAGUAUGAACUUGGUGUUUGGAAGUCAAUAUUCAUCCACCUUGUUAGGAUGCUGCUUUCAAUUGGAGGCACAUCGGUGACAAGGGUGGACGAACGGUAA